AUGGCAGACAUGUGUUGGUUCAACUGGGCCUCGCUAGAUGGUCACACCAGCCUCGAGCCACUGGCCACUUUCAUGGACCAAGCUGUUGGUGCCGCUGCUGCUGCUGCUGCAGGCACAGCUGAAGCAAGGCCAACAUGCGACAUCUGUGGACGGCACUUCUUCAACAAACAGACUUUGGAGCGCCAUAUGGACAGGCAUCGACCGGUACGCCAGUCUUACGAGUGUGAAGUGUGCCAUAAGACUUACGCCUUUGUGACUGGACUAUACCACCACCGCAAGACGCAUGGCUCCAUUGCACGGUUCAAGUGCAACUUUUGCGGCGAGCACUUUAUGUACAGCCGCUCGCUGUACAAGCAUGUCAUUCCACUCAUCGCUGUACGUCCGGUGCUCCGCAAUGCCGCUCGUGCACGAGGUGUCGUCAAGGGCCUCUUUAAGUGCAACCAGUGUCGAGCAGAGUUCACAGAAAAUGCCAACCUGUCACGUCAUCGCCGCACAAUGCAUGCAGCAGUGCCGAGUGUGUUUGUCUGCCACAUCUGCACGAGGACAUUUAAUCGCAGCGACAACAUGCACAUGCACAUCAAGAAUGUUCAUGGCGGAGGCAGUGCAGUGGCAUCAAAAGGCCGUAGCAUGUUUACACAAUUGAGCAUAUCUGUGGACACCUUCACAGUUCGUGCAUGUCUGCUUUUGGCAGGAAAUGUUCAUUUGUACUCCGACUGGGACAUCUUCACAUCCUCACUGGCAUCACUCAUUUCUGGUGACUCAUCAAAUGAUGGAACUGUAGAAAUGGCGCAAACGGAAGAGAAGCUUGGUCCUGCCAAAUGCCCCAUCUGCCACAAACUUCUGUGCAACUAUUUCAUCAUGAAACGGCACAUGGUGUUACAUGACCAGAACAGGCUGGCCUAUGAGUGUGCUUUGUGCAAUAAGACUUUCAAAUGGAAGCAUGGGCUCAUUCGACACUGCCGGACUGCGCACCCAGCAGAUGUUGAUUUCUGCUGA